ACCACAGAUUACACACACACAGACUGUAUUUGACAGACUAUGAACACUACGACUGAUCAAACUAUUCUCACUAUUAACAUUAACUAAUCAGGACUAACUAGUGCUAAUAAUCAUCAUGGUGUAUUGGUGGAGUUUCUCAGCUGAAACAUGGGCUCUGAUCCUGAUCUUCAUCAGUCUCCUCCUGCUGUAUGGGUACUGGCCGUACAGUCUCUUUAAGCGUUUGGGAGUUCCUGGUCCUAAACCGAUACCAUUUUUAGGAACCAUGUUAGAAUAUCGUAAGGGAAUGAUUAAUUUUGAUAUGGAGUGUUUUCAGAAGUACGGCAAGAUUUGGGGUAUAUAUGAUGUGAGACAGCCGGUCCUCUGUAUCAUGGACACAGAGAUCAUCAAAUCUGUCAUGAUUAAAGAGUGUUACUCCCUGUUCACCAACCGCAGAAAUUUCUUUAUAAACGGUCCUCUGUACGAUGCAUUGACCGUCGUUGAGGACGAGGACUGGAAGAGAAUCAGGAGUGUUCUUUCUCCAUCGUUCACCAGCGGCAGACUGAAGGAGAUGUUUGGAAUCAUGAAGUCACAUUCACGCUCGUUGGUUAAAAAUCUGCAGAAGACGUCUGAGCGAGGAGAAUCAGCAGAUAUUAAAGAGUUUUUUGGAGCAUACAGUAUGGAUGUGGUGACGAGCACAGCGUUUAGUGUCGAUAUCGACUCCCUGAACAACCCCAAAGAUCCGUUUGUGACCAACAUCAAGAAAAUGCUGAAUUUUAACUUCUUGCACCCUCUGUUAAUCGCUGGCGCAAUGUUCCCCUUUAUUGCACCGGUGUUGGAGAAAAUGGAUUUUGGCUUUUUCCCGAUUGCAGUGACUGAUUUCUUUUAUGCCUCUCUGCAAAAGAUCAAGUCUGAACGUGUGGCCCAAAAUAAUAAGAAACGAGUGGACUUCAUGCAGCUGAUGAUCGAUUCUCAGAAAUCAGACAAAAAUGAGCUGAACAGCAAAGAAACCAACAAAGGUCUAAAUGAUCAUGAGAUUCUGUCCCAGUCCAUGAUCUUCGUCUUUGGUGGUUAUGAGACGAGCAGCAGCACUCUGUCUUUUCUUUUCUACAAUCUGGCCAGAUAUCCAGAGACAACGAAAAAACUCCAAAAAGAAAUUGAUGAAAUCUUCCCUAAUAAGGCUGAAGUUGAUUAUGAUGCAGUGAUGAACAUGGAUUAUUUGGAUGCCACAUUGAGCGAGUCACUGAGGUUGUACCCUGUCAUUUUUCACCUGGAAAGAGUCUGCAAGAAAACUGUUGAAAUAAAUGGCCUUACCAUCCCAAAGGACACUGUAGUCUUGAUCCCCACUUAUAACUUACACAGAGACCCUGAAUUUUGGCCUGAUCCAGAGACCUUCAACCCUGAGAGGUUCACUAAGGAGAACAAGAAGAGCAUCGAGCAGUAUGCAUACAUGCCGUUUGGUUUAGGACCCAGGAACUGCAUCGGCAUGAGAUUUGCCCUUGUGGCCAUGAAGCUGGCUAUUGUGGAGAUACUGCAGAGAUUUGACAUCAGUCUUUCUGAGGAGACAAAGGUUCCUCUGAAGAUGAAGAACGGUGGCUUUUUGAUUUCUGAAGAGCCCAUCAAAAUCAUAUUCACACCUCGGAAAGUGUAAAACUCCUGCAAGAGCAGUCACAUUAACACAUAGGCUUUAAAAGGUUAUAAGGGUGUGUAGAAGAAAUGGCAGUUUCUGUCCAUUAACUCCUUACUUUCCAUCAACCUAACAGUAAUGUUUACUUUCACAGAGUUUAAGCUCAUUUUCACAUUGAUCCUUUAAUCAUAUCAUUCAGUGUUUAUUGUUAAAUUCAAAUUUAGCAUCUUUCUCUUUUACAGUUCUGGUUGCAUCUAUUAUGUAAUAUAAAAAGAUGUUUGAGUCUAAAUUGUUGAGCUAUAAUGUUUAUUGGGAAAUUAAAAAAACACAGUGGUUCAGAUGAAGGUCCAUAUUAUAUUCUAUUGCUAAACUAUGAACCCGAGCAUAGCAGAGCGUGGAAGUGUGUAUUGUUUUCUCCUCACAGCAAUUCACUAUGAAAUUGUGAAAUUAAGGAAGACACUAGAGUUGGCUGUCGGAUUAAACUCUGAAACUGGGAUAGAAAAGCUUUGGUCAAGGAAGUGAACAAGAACUUGAUGGUCACUCAAACAGAUCUUCAGAACUCCAGAAUUGAUGAAAGUUUUAAAGCAGCCAACCACCGAAAGAUCCUUGAAGAACCUGCUUGUUUGAAAUAGCAGCUAUUUCACCAGCUUCAUCUCAUCAUGUCUCAUCACAGCAGCUGCGAUCCCAUAAAGGGGUUUAUAAAAAGGAAUGCAUUCAGAAAAUAAAACUUUUGUAAAAUGUUUUAAAAUAAAUGUUUUUGGCUAAUAUUCUUUUAA